AUGGAUUCGAAGCUCAUAGAGCGUCUCGAGGCGAUUAAAAAAGGAGUAGAGGACUUCAAUAUCCCAGGACCAAUUCAAAGGCCUCCUUUGGAAGCUCGAAGAAUCAUCAACAAAUACAAAUACAGGACCAAGACUCAUAGGUCAAAGAAAAACGCUUUACUACCGGAGAAAUUCCAGAAAGUGGGGAACUUGUAUGAACGAUUAUAUAGUGUCCCAACUUGGCGGCUAGGGGCCCAAGAGUUCCAAAGUUCCUUGAAAUCUUUGGUUCAAAGUUCUAGAAGGUUGGCCGCUGUCGAAAACAGUGCCGACCUUGCCGUGGUAGCAGCGGCUGGAUGGUCUGCAAUUCCGCUCCAGAUCAUCAAUGAUGAACGUAUUUUGGCACUUAAGUGUUCCGAUUGCUCCACCGUGUUUCAUUUGAAAGUAGAGGACUAUUUGAGUACCAAUGGAUUCAAAAAUCAAGCUGCAACACUUUUGGCUAAAGCACAUAAAGUCGGGUGUUUAAAAUAUUCCAAAGGAUUCGAUAUCCAAAGAAAUUACUAUUUGAACCACGAGAACCUGUGCCUAGAGUUUCGAAGAGUUUUAGAAGAACUGAGCAGAUCGGUGGCUUGGGAUUUGGAGGAAAAAGUGCAUUUUGAUGCGGAGGCGGUGGGCCGUUUGAGGUCUAUGCUCGGAAGCGAACAUUCUUUACCUUCUCUCGAUAAGCUGAGUCUUAUUUUGAAGGGCUACACCUUGAUCAGUAGUUCUGUUAUAGAAUGCACGGGGUGCUACCAUCGGGCAUUUGUAAAGAGUUUCAAAGACCCUGACUUCAAAGGACAUGCGAAGUGGUGCAAGUAUCACGAUGAGUCGAAACUUGUACAAAUGAUGCUGGCACCGGUGAUUGAAAAACCUAAAAUUGUCGACAUAGAUCAGCGACUUGAAGAUUUGGCAAAAGCGUUGACCAGACCCUCUAGUCAUAUAGUAAUGGAAUGA